AUGUUUCAUAGAAUUCAAUAUGCUAAGACAAAUAGAUGGGAACCACCAAUUGAUCUUGCGUCUGACAUGUUUUCAAAUGGUUCAUUUCAAGCAAUUGUAUUUGGUCCAUGUUGCCCUCAGCGAAAUACUGGAAUAUACAUGCCUUUACAAGAUGAACAAUGUCUAUAUCUAAAUAUUUUUACGCCAUCAAACAAAUCAAAUGAAUCUUUGUUGCCGGUUCUUGUUUGGAUUCAUGGUGGUGGUCUCACAAGUGGUUGUUCAUCACAAAGUAUUCCUAUAUUAUACAAUGGCACAAAUAUAAUUGCGAAUUCACCUCAACAACCAAUCAUUAUUGUAACAAUCAAUUAUAGAUUAGGCGUAUUGGCUGACAUGUAUUUAACGGAAUUAAUUAAAGAAAAUUCUGAAUGGCCAACAGCAGGAAAUUAUAAUUUUUUAGAUAUAUUAUCAGCAUUACGUUGGAUCAAUAUCAAUAUUCGUGAUUAUGGUGGUAAUCCUAACAAUGUUUUAUUAUUUGGAGAAAGUUCUGGAGGAAAAUCGGUUGUUGAUAUUGGUGCAUUAAAAGGAUCCUCUAAUCUCUAUCAACAUAUUAUAUCACAAUCAGGUGGAUUUAGUAGUUCUAUAUUUUAUUCAAAUAAGACUUUUGCUAUGCAAAGAUCAAACACAAUUGUUGAACAAAUGAACUGCACAAAUCAUACGAGUAAAUUGCUUCUUGUAUGUUUACGUAAUUCUUCUAUUCAUGAUUUAAUCAUGGUUUACGGUAACCGUCCAUCGAAGUCCGUUAUUGAUGGUUAUUUUUUACCGUAUCAUCCACUAUUGGCCAUUCAGAAUGGAAAAUAUAAUCAAAAUAUAAGUAAAAUAAUUGGUGCUAAUAAAUAUGAAGGAUCAUAUUGUCCAAUAUUCCCUGAAAUGAACUCUACAUUAGCUGUAUCAAUAAUAACUGAUAUUUUAGGACAAAACCGAGCACCUACAGUUAUUAAUUAUUAUCAAUUCAACAACUGUUCAUCAAAUAUAAAUGCCACAAAUCGUUGUUGUGAUAUAACUCGAUCACCUAUAGAUGCCAUUAUUGGUUGUAGUAUUCGUCGUAUAUACAAUAAUAUAUAUUUGAAAUAUAAUCAAGAACAGCACAAAUUAUUUUGGUAUAAUAUGGAUUAUAAUCCAGGAAUAUGUCCUAAAUUAUCUAAAGAAGAAGGUGCUGGCCUAUGCCUUCAUGCAUCAGAACUUCCAUUAGUAUUUGGAACUGAAAGUGAUUAUCGCUCAAUGAAUCCAGUUAACUGUACAUGGGAUAAUCACACACGAACAUAUUCAAAUCAAAUUAUUUCACACUGGAUUAGUAUGGCUUCAAAAGGAGAACCAUUAAACCAAUGGCCAAAAUAUGAUCCAUCAGAACAAAAAUACUUACAAUUUACACCUUUCCAUGAAUUUUCCGUUGAAACAUGGAAUAAUGAUUGCUUGAUAUUUGAUCAAAUUGAACAAGAUGAUCUAUCUGAAAUGUUUGGUAACAGUAGCCCAUAUGAAUAUGGGAAUAGAUUAAGUUUUGCACGCUUCGUCAUACUGUUUUUAAUAUUUUAUUAUUAUGACUUUUAA